GAUCGAAAUAUGAGGAGAAAGGCAGGAAUUGGCGCAAUUCAUAAACAGAAACUCGAGCAAGAAAAAUACAAGGAUAAAGGUACAGAGAUACAAGAGAAUCAAUUUGAACAAAUGACCAAACAAAUGGAAACGUUUCGCGUUAAUUUAGAGGAGUUUGCAACAAAGCACAAAAACGAGAUUAAAAAGAAUGCACAGUUUCGGCGUCAAUUCACCGAGAUGUGUGCCUCCAUAGGUGUAGAUCCAUUAGCAUCCGGAAAAGGUUUCUGGUCGGUGUUAGGAAUUGGUGACUUUUACUACGAACUCGCGGUACAGAUCGUGGAAGUAUGUAUGGCUACCAAUUACAAAAACGGCGGCCUUAUAUCUUUGGACGAAUUAAGAACACGUUUGGUACAAGCCAGAGGUCGUCGUAAAGAACAUCAAGAGAUAACUAACGAAGAUCUGUUGGCAGCGUCUAAAAAAUUGAAAAUUUUUGGAAAUGGAUUCGCGAUAGUUCCAAUAGGUAGAGGAAAACAUCUAGUCCAGUCUGUUCCAGGUGAAUUAAGUAUGGAUCAUACCGCUGUGCUGCAGCAAGCUAGCUUAUCUGGAAAUGCGCACGUUUCGAGGUCUAUGUUAGAAAACGAAUUAAGAUGGGAAAGAGAGCGGGCUCAGAAGGCAUUGGAUCACAUGGUGAAGGAAGGAUUGGCUUGGUUGGACGAACAAGGAGAACAGGAAACCUUGUAUUGGUUUCCCAGUCUGUUUACAGCCUGUAUCGCGUCCAAAGAAUAACAUUUUUUAAUAUUUUAUCAGAAGCCAAGAUGUGAUAUUAAUCCUAUGAGCGUGACAUUAUAAUGUCACCUGACUUUAUUUCCUUCGCUGCAUCUAAAAUAUACACAAAGAUACUUAAUACGCAAAGAAAAUCUAUAUCCCUAAUAUGAUACAUAAUGAAAUAAAUAUUUUAACAUACCUCGGAA